AUGAGACAGCCCAGACAGGCUGGCACAGAGCGGGCGACGGCGCCAGGGCAAACCUCCCCCUCCGUGUUGCCAGGCACUGCCUGUAAGCAUAAAGAAUCCGGACAAUCAGAUAGUUCAAACCAGCAAGGAGAUGCGGACAUCAAACCACUGCCCAACGGGCACUUAAGUUUCCAGGACUGUUUUGUGACUUCCGGGGUCUGGAAUGUGACGGAGCUGGUGAGAGUAUCACAGACUCCUGUUGCGACAGCAUCAGGGCCCAACUUCUCACUGGCAGACCUGGAGAGUCCCAGCUACUACAACAUAAACCAGGUGACCCUGGGGCGGCGGUCCAUCACCUCCCCUCCUUCCACCAGCACCACCAAGCGCCCCAAGUCCAUCGAUGACAGCGAGAUGGAGAGCCCUGUGGAUGAUGUCUUCUAUCCUGGUACAGGCCGCUCCCCAGCAGCCGGCAGCAGCCAGUCCAGUGGGUGGCCCAACGAUGUGGACGCAGGCCCGGCUUCUCUAAAGAAGUCAGGAAAGCUGGACUUCUGCAGUGCCCUCUCCUCUCAGGGCAGCUCCCCGCGCAUGGCUUUCACUCACCACCCGCUGCCUGUGCUUGCUGGAGUCAGACCAGGGAGUCCCCGGGCCACAGCAUCAGCGCUGCACUUCCCCUCCACAUCCAUCAUCCAGCAGUCGAGCCCGUACUUCACGCACCCGACCAUCCGCUACCACCACCACCACGGGCAGGACUCGCUGAAGGAGUUUGUGCAGUUCGUGUGCUCGGACGGCUCGGGCCAGGCCGCCGGACAGCCCAACGGUAGCGGCCAGGGCAAAGUCCCGGGGUCAUUUUUGCUACCGCCGCCGCCUCCAGUGGCCAGACCUGUGCCCCUUCCUAUGCCUGAUUCCAAAUCCACCAGCACUGCCCCAGACGGCGCCGCCUUGACUCCUCCAUCACCUUCAUUCGCAACGACAGGCGCCUCCUCUGCCAACCGGUUUGUCAGCAUCGGACCCCGGGACGGCAACUUUCUGAACAUCCCACAGCAGUCUCAGUCCUGGUUCCUCUGAUAAGAUCGACAAAAAGAAAUGACAAAAUGUAAAGAAGAGGUUCCUCAAACGGGGGGAGAAGAAAUUUUGAGACGUGGAAAAAUCCCCCGGCCCAGCCCCACCGAAAAGCAAAAAUUAGACGUCGUCAGCCACUCAGCCCUUGUCUCCUCCAGCCCGGGGAGCUCUGCAGGCCCCCAGAAGCAGCCCAGUUCUCGGAGAGCCCUCGGAAGAGGUCUCGGUGGAGCUGUGCACCAGCAGCCAAGCAGAAGGAAACCUGCAAACGGACUCUGUUAAAGUAGAGGACAGCAAGAAAGGAAGGAUGCAGCAGAACUGCCUUUCUCCCCACCCUACCCUGCCCCGUCCUUCCGGGGAAGGAACGAAAUCAACCCAACAAAGCGACCAGCACAAUUCUAAAGGGGCCUGUCCUCCACCCUCACCCUUCCUAGGGGAACCCCAUCCCCAACUCGGGCCGGAGCUUCACUAGGGAGCUCGGAGGACAAGCUUGUACAAAUGAUGGGGUGCAGAUCCAGAGGGUUCUCCCUCCAGACUCCGCCCCCUCCCUGCCUGUCUCUCGCCCCCCCCUCCCCCGCCCCCCAGCCCCCACUGCCUUGGCCUCUGGCUUCUUCCCCCAGCUGCUCUGGACUAGGUGAGGCCCGUGGCUUCCAGGUCUGCCUGCCCUACCUUCGGGCUAGAAGCCCACCCCCCCACCCCCCGCCCCGGGAAGGGGUGGGGGCAGGGAGCGGCCCCUGGAGCUAGUUUCUUGCUCCUGGAAUGGAGGGUGUUCUGUCACCCCACCCUGAGCUUCGAGGGUAGUUUCAGGGCCCCAGACCCCUCUGUACAGUCCAUAGGAAAGAGUCGGAAUGCUACGACAGCCCGUCCCAGCCUGGGACAGGCCCCCUCUUCCCUCUCUCCGCAGGCCGGGAAAAUCACUCUCUGGCCGCGCCACGAGUGAGGGGAGGCGGGCCCCAGGUCGCCCCCACACCCCAGCCCCGCAUGCAGGUGCCCUCGCUCUGCCCCACCGGCCCCUGCCCCUGCCCCUCACACAGACAGCCCUGCUGUGGCCGGGCCGGAGAGUGGAGCAGAAAGGGGACCCCGGAGCCGAGCGAGGAGGACGAGGCAGCCGCCGCUGCCACUGGGCUGCCACUGGCUAAGCGCCACCUGCGCUAGGUAGGCGUCCUGCUCGCCGACUUUCAGUCCUUUGGAGGGUGUUGGGUGUUGUCCUUUUUCAAAAGUGUUUUGGAGCUUUCUCUGUCCCCCCCCGCCCCCCCCACCACUUUCUCCACCACAUGGGCCUCCUGGCCACUUCUCUCUGGAUUUCAGCUGUAAUGUCUUUACUCUUUUUUUAGGGGUGGGGCAUUCAUUUGUUUGGGUCUUUUGCCGUUGCAAUUGGGAACUCCUCCUCCAUUUGAGCAACUUGGGAACAAUUUGGUAACACACCACAGGAAGUAGCUCUCUCCCCCCCCUCCCCCUGCAGCCCCUUCCUCCCCUCCACGGGAUGGUUGGGGGCCAGUCCAGAGGGUCUUCCGAAGCCCCCUGGGAGGGAGGGAAGCAAGAGCAUGCCCAGCCCCCCUCCAGGGUGUGACUUGGCCCCUCUGGCUUGUCUUUCUGUGCCUUACUCCCUCCUCCCUGCAUCUCCCUUCCUAGGCCCCCUUCUCAAGUCCUUGUGCCUCUCUCUCUCUUUCUUAACUGUAUGAAAACACAAAGCACAGGUCAGGAUCCUCUGAAAGUCAGUCAACCCAACAUUGCACCGUAGGGGUGGGGUGUGGGCUUUAUUUAUUGUGACUCUAGUUUGUGAGGCUGUGGCCCCAGCAGGGAGGGAGGAAGGAGGGGAGGGAGCUGGCUGGGGAGGCGAGGAGGGCCCUGACCUGGGGCAGAAGGGGCCAGCGAGGGGUGCCUCCUCCUCAACUGGAAGCCACAAGGUGGCUGGCCCCGUGAGUGGCUUUUGUUGGAAGUUGAGCGAAGGCCCUCCCCCAUCCGCGUGCAGCCCUCGGGGAAGACCGGGACUGAGAAGCAGGGGACAGGGGAUCCCGCGGGAGCCUGGG